UCGGCCAAAGCCCCCCCUCCCCCAUUCAUUAUGGGCGCGUGAGGCUUUUGGCCUUGACCUAAGGUGUUAUUUGUUUUGUAGGUGCAAUUUUGUCCAAAAACAAGGAGGAAAAAAUUUGCAUCCACAGCAAGUAAUUAUCAUCGGUUUCUCGCUUUUAUCAUAAGAAUCUCACCUUAUGAUUUUGUUAAUGGCUUAGAGUUUAGGGUGCUUCCGGUCCCGUUCAUGCAGCCUGAAGAAUGCUUUGGUUUUUGUUAAUAUAUAGCAUGCAGUAGGUACUAUUGCAAGGAUUGAGGCGCAUUUGUUUGAUGGUUCAACUCUUAAUUCAUGUAACCUACUCUAGAACUAUUUCAAUUGUCUAGUGGUGAAGCUCUAUGCCAUUUGGUUCAAAUAACCGCUAAAUAUGUUUCAUAUGGUUGUUUGAUAAUCUAGUUUGGGUAACCCAAUUGAGUCUUGUCAUACACUGCCAAUCUGCAAUGCCGUUUUUAGGGGUCAGAGACUCAGAAUGCUGCCUGACUUCCUACUUGUCUGAAGAAAAUGUCCUUAGAUUUUAUAAAAUCGAUCCCAUGUUCUCUUUGCUACAAACUGUCACUCUGAAUUAUGGUUUGAACCUGAAAUUGCAGUCGAUAUUCGAGAGGUAUGACAAAGAUAGGAGUGGAAAGAUUGAUUCGAUGGAACUCAGAGAUGCACUCUACGGUCUAGGCCUUGCCAUGCCACCUUCUGUUCUUCAACUUCUGAUUUCCAAGUAUGAUGAUGGAAGUGGCCGCAGGAUUGAACUAAACUUUGACAGUUUCGUGGAAUGCGGGAUGAUUGUGAGGGUGAGCAAAUUGCGAGGUUGACGCAUUUCUUUAAGCAAAUAAUGCAGUGUGCGAUUUGACAAAGAAACAGCUAUCUUUUGUUUUGAAUUUUUUUGCUGGAAUUUCCUAACUACAUAUAAAUAUUGUUCUUAUUUUGAUUUCAGGGUUUGACCGAUAGGUUCAAAGAGAAAGGUCGGUGGUAUACUGGUUCAGCAAAUUUUGGUUACGACGAAUUUAUGUCUAUGGUCAUCCCAUUUCUUGUGUCGUACAAUUGAUUUAGCCUUCCUCUUUUUAAGUAUUUAGUUUGUAAAGAAUUUCGUGUUACACUGUUUUGUGUUUGCUAGUGGGGAAUUUGUAGUGUACAUUAGGCAAGCUUUAUGCAUUUGAAUUGUAAAAAAUUGUUCCCAUUGUAUAUUUGAUUGUUGUGUUAUAAAUAGGCAAAAUGAGAGAAUUUUUGCUAGAGAA